AUGGCCAGCAAGCGGGGCCUGAUCAAGUUCCCAUGCUUCCAGUCACAAAUAGUUGAUGCAGUAUUCUUCAGACGGGGACCAAGCUUCCAAAGCCCACAAUAUUUUCAGCGCUCGACUGUCUGCGACCUUGUGGACUUGACCUCGCCGACAGAACCGGAGGUGCGGACGCUUCAGCUGGGCCAGAUCCCCGGGCCGACUCUCGAGGUUUACGACGCCAAGUUCCAGAAGCAACCUGGCGACAAGGUCGACUGCAGGGCACUGAACGAAGACGGGAAGGAGUACGUCCUGAAGAUGCCCCAUUACGGCCUCACCAAGCUCCAGAGGACAAGGGAGAACAUGAAGACAUACAUUCGCAAGACACGCAACAGUUACCUCAGCGAGCUCCGGUUUGCAACAGAUAUUACCUGGCUCACUGCGCAGCGGGCUAUUUCCAUGGCCGUCGCCAUGUGGGCUUACUGCCGUGUCAUUGAGAAGGAAUGGAAAAUCUGCGGCGACGACACGCUGGACCUGGAGCCGAUCACCGACCCCAAGAGUCCGUGGUACGGAUUCAUACCCAUCACGCCGGCGAUGGACGUGCAGCUCGACCAGAUUGUCAUCCGCGACGUGCUGCAGCCAUUGAGGACAAAACUCCUUGCCAGACUCCAGGACAGCAUCCAGAACUAUCGGCCCGACAACUGGUUUGACUGCUACUUCACCAUCUUCAUGCUUCUAAACCACAUCGAGCAGGCCGCGGCGCAUGGCAAUUGGUUUUCCAAGAUUAAUGGGCUGGGCCGACGGUACUCAGACAUGAAGCUCGCCGAGGCCUGGUUCCACACGACCAGGAUCCUGCUGUCGCGGUUCCAUUUCGUGUCCAACGGCUCGGCGCCCUUGCGGCUCGACUGGGGGAAGGCGGGGAACGUUCGGUUCGCCAACUUCAGCGACGACGAGAUCAAGUUCCUGCGCGACUCGCAGGCGCUGAUGGCCAAGAAAAGAGCGCAUGUGGAAGAAGUCAAGUCCAAACACAAGUACGAGCACGACCUGUACUGGACUCAUCAACUCUUCAGCGAGAAGUGGGAGCCGGGGUUGCCGCACAUCGUCGACGAGAUCCCGGAUUGA